GUCGAGUUGCCGCUUCCACACGUUGAAACAUCGAGACACUUUCCUUUCACAAGACAGAGAGGAGACUUUGCGCUUCGUCUUCUCUCGCUUUCUUCUCUUCUUCCCUCCUCUUUUCUUCUCCCUUUUGUUUCUCCCUCUUUCUCCAUCCCCUUCCACGCACUCAGCUGUCUCUGAAGCGUUGUUCUCCGCCACAAACAGCCCUCUGUCGUCCUUCCCCUGUCUCCUGAAUUCCCCCUUCCCCGUCCGUCUCUGCUGGGGCUCUUCUUGUCUGCUUUUUGGAAAGGCGGACAGCGUCGGUUUCACGAACAUGCGUGCUCUCUCUCCGUUUCCACCUUUUCCCUGUCGCCUUCGCUCGCUCGCGUCUCGGAUUUCUUCUCUCGCACAAACGGACCAGCAGGAGCAGGAGAGCAGAGGGCCUCGGGGCGCUUGAGACAGCUGAGGUUCACGGCAGAGCACGACUGGACGGACUUAUCAGAGAGAACUGUCCUUGAAAAAGAAAGCAAAGCGCCAUACGCCCAGAGUCGAGAUGGCAAAUGGACCUCGACUCUCUGCAGUUACACACUAAAGCAUGGAUUCCUCGGUUUCAGGGAUUCCUUCAACACACCCGACCAAGAGGGACUCAGAAAGAGGAAAAAGAACUGCUUUGCAAGAGCCUAAUGGCCGCGUCUCGCUUCGUGCCGGACGGCUGUUCCAUAGAGUGCCACUACAACCUGGAGACACCGAAGACGAGGCUGCUCGUUUCCUCUUCUCUCCAAGCAAAGAGGACUGGAAGACGCCUUCCUGCCUCUCUCUUCAGCUUCUUGGCCCUCGCCUUCCUCUUUCUCCUCUCCGGCGAAGGCGCAACGCUGCUCUCGCCUCAGACGUUCGCUUCUCCAGACGCUACCUCCGUCGCUGUCGCUGUCUCCUGCGUCGCUCCACGAAGGAGACACUUCGCGCUCCCGCCUGCCAGCUGUCUCCUUCUUCGCGCGACAGGCGACCCUGCAAAGCGAAACCACUCUGCGUCUAGCACAGGGGGAGGGGAGAGGAAGAAGCGCGACUUCUGGAAGGAAAGGAGACGCGAUGGACAGGAGAGAAAGAAUACGCUUUCAUGGUUCACGAGACGUGAGGAGAAGGCGGGAGAGACACUUGGGAAAGGACGAAAAUGGGGACGAACAGGCGCGCUAAGACGCUGGCAGGGAGAAGAAAAGGCAGGAAGGAGAGAAGGGCGGUCUCUCUGCGGUGCCGAUUUCGCUGGUGUAUUUUCACUUCGGGAGAGCAGAAAUCCGUUUCCAGACACUCCUCCUCGUCUCAACUCUGAUGGGGAUGGACAGCCGAGGAAGCGACUCGCUGUCUCUUCUGCGACUUCGGUGGGCGCCUCCGUUUUUCCGCACUGCUCUUUUCUUGAUGGGAGUCUACCGAGCAGAAAAGAAAGACUCUCUUUGUUCCUCGCCAGGAAAGUGCGUUCAACUCAGAAGACGAAUUCACUUCCUCGGUCUUCGCGGCACCGGUCUGCUCUGCUCUCCUCCUGUUCUCGCUUUUCACUCUCUUCUUCUUCUGCUUGUCACUCGUUCCUUCUCACUAGCCUGGCUAGAAGAUGGACAAGGCUUCAAGCGAGAGGGGAAGAAAGAGGCGCGAUCUUCUUUCUCCACCUGUCUCCAAGGGAGAGAGAUGCGUCGCUCUCCGUCGUUUGCUCUCCUCUCUCAGCUUCUUCUGCCGGCCGGCGUUCGUCUUUCUCGCCUGCGUCUCGUGCUUCUUCUCCCCUGCCAGCCGUCACCUUCUUUUCUAGUUCUUCAAAGCCGCUGCCGAGCUUCUCUUCUUCGCCAUCAGCCGCGACCAGACGCAGCCAGAAAGAAAAUGAUCCUCGAUCCAGCGCUCUGCACUCGCAACUCAGCGACUUGCCUCUUUCCACGCUUCUUCCUCCCCCCUGGAUGCUGGCACCGCCCUCUCUCGUCGCCUUCUACAAUAAUCACUCGAGUCCAAGCAAACAGGAAGUCCAAGAUGGAGAAAUGGAGGGAGAAGUAGAAGGAGAAGAAGGAGAGGAAGAAGAAACAGAUGAAGGAGAAGAACCAGAAGGAGGAGAAGGAGAAGAAGGAGAAGAAGGAGAAGGAGAAGAAGGAGAAGAAGACGGAGAGGAGGCGGAGACAAGCGGAGAUGCAUUUCAUGGAGCCAGGAGAGGUCGCAGGGAGCGCGAAACAGGUGUCGCGGCACCCUCGAAGCUUCCCCAGAGUGCAUGCGCUUCGGUCGCUCCCCAGGCUAGCGGUCGCCCGCCCCUGCAGCCUGAACUUUCUUUUCUGUUUUUCCCUCCCAAGGCCGUGACGGCGGAGGGAGGCAGAGGCGGCGAAGGCUGCGUUUCUUUUCGACGAGAAAAGAGCUUGCCGAAGGGAGGCCCAGACGGCGCCCCAGGCGGAAAGGGUGGCGACGUUCUCCUCGAGGUCGGCGAGCCACCGGCCGUCGCGCUGUCUCCUCCAACGCGACCAGCCCACCCAACGGAGACGACGACGAAGACGCACCUGAUGGAGACGGAGGCGAGUCCGGUCUUGUGUCGGCGACGGCGGCGCAGAGCUGGAGAUCAGGCCUGCCUCGUUCGACGAGGAGAGAAGCGAGCAGCGGAAGAUCUGAGCAGAAGGAAACGGGGAGUUUGGAAGGCCGAAGACGGCGGCAGGGGCCAUGGCGCGAUGCGGCACGGAAGCGCAGGAAGCCAUGAGCGAAUGGCGGUGCCCCCCAACACCCUCGUCCUCGAUGUGACGGAUCUCGAGGAAGAGCUGCGCGAGCUGAAGGAGAGACGAAAGGAAGAAGAAGGAGACGGAAGCGACGAGGAAGACGCCCUUCUAGAGAAGAGUCUGCAAGCCAUGCUCCGUACCCACGGCAAACGAGAAGAAAGUGCCAGGGAAGGGAGAGAGAACGCCCCCAAGAAACGAGAAGACGAGCUCGGACACGACGAAGGAGAACCAGAGAGAGAAGAAGGAGAACCAGCGAGAGUAGAGCAACGAGGGCAAGAGAGCGAACGCAGUGGAGAGAAUGGAGAAGAGAGCGAGAUGGAAGAAGUGGACGACGAUGAGGCAUUCGCUGUGUUUGCUCAGAUGUUUAGCGAGUUUCUUGAAAAUGCAGAAAAGCGUGACGCGAGCAGGAAGCAGGGAAGGAACCUCGUACGUCGCGGCGCGUUCCGGAAGGAAACGAAAGACGGUGGAAAGCGUUCGACACGCUACAGACUGUUUUUCGAGCGAGGCCCUCAUGAAUCACAAAAGCCGAAGAGCGACGAAGUCGAAGAAGACGAAGAAGACGCGGUGGAGUCUCUUUUGUUUUCUCCUUUUGAGUCCGAGUCCCUGGGGCCUGCGAAGAAGAGGAGACUGGCGAGGGCGGAGAGCCAAGAGAGAGGCCUGAGGCGUAUCGAGACACGAAGGCGAAGGCGACGAACCUCUGCAGAUGAAGACGAGGAGCUCGAGGAAAGCGUCGAGAGCGGGGGAGAGUCACUUGUUCAGCGAGUUCGAGGAAGGAGCGACGCUACGCGUCUACGAUCCACGAGAGAAGAAGACGCGAGACACACAGAGAGAAGAAAGAGCGACAAAAUGUAUCAACCACGAGAAGAGAAAAACGCAAAGACGAUGCCAGAGAAGGCCGUGGCAGAACACAUGGCAGAGAAAGAAGAGAUCCGUGGAGACAAGGAAGGAGAGAAAGAAGAGAUCCGUGGAGACAAGGAAGGAGACGAAGAAGAGAUCCGUGGAGACAAGGAAGGAGACGAAGAAGAGAUCCGUGGAGACAAGGAAGGAGACGGCGAUGACUGCGACGGAGACGAGAAAGAAGGCCAUGAAGACGACGAGAAGAAGGCGCCUGCAGUCCACGGAGUGUAUCUCAGUCGCGCAGGCCAGCAGCUGCUUCUCGCUCGGGGCGGCAGUGGUGGACGAGGCAAUGCAGCCUUCCUCACAAAUACCAAUCGCCAUCCAACGACGGUCGAGCGAGGCGAGGAAGGCGAAAGGCGCCACCUCCUCGUCAUCCCAAACUUUGCGGAUGUCCUCGUCGUGGGCUUCCGAGGUUCAGGGAAAACGUCUCUCCUUCAAACAGCUUCAAACGUCGCUCAUAACAACAUGCUGUACUCUUCUUCUCGCUCUUCUGCUCCUCAGUCCCUGUCUGCGUCGCUUCCGGGCGGUACGGGGACGGCUCUGGUGUGUUGGCGUUCUCCCGCUGAGUCUUGCUCUGCAUCUUGGGAAGAGCAAGACGGGCGUUUUGACGAAGCAGGCGUUUCAUUUCUCCACGGCUCGAACUCCGCGAAGAGUCUCUCGGCGGCACCCGGGUGUGCGACCCUGGAGACUGCAACGCGUUGCGAUAGAGGCAACGCGGUGUUUCUUCUGGACGCCCCUGGCCUUCCGGAUGUGGAGCAGGAGAACGGAAGUCGGUCUCUCUCCCCUUCUUCUCCUUCGUUUUCUGCUUCGCCUUCUCCUUUUUCAGCUCCUUUCUCUCCUUCCUCGCCUGCAUCUGUUCUGGGAGGUCUCGCGCCUUGCCGCCUCACAGCCAUGGUGCUCGACGCGUCGAGCCCCUCGGAAGUCGCGGAAAGCUACAAACGCCUAUGCAGAGCUCUCCACAGCGGACUCCCAGGGGCCUUGCGCGUCCCGAGGAUCAUCGUUCUAUCCAAAAUCGAUGCGGCUGCCUCUCCGGAGAAAUUGCUCGAGGUCGCGGCGUCGCUUCGCGCCUUCACAAAGAACCGGAAAAUCUUUCAGGUCUCAGCCCACACGGGGGAGGGAAUUUCGCUGCUCGUUUCGCAGACGCAAGAAAUCCUCCGAAGUCUUUACGUCUCUUCGCCUAGUGACACCCAACUCCCGACGACGACCCCUGCCGCUUCUUCUUCCUCUUCUUCUUCCUCUUCUUCGUCCUCUUCUUCUCGCUUCUCUCCGUUUCUUUUAUCGCGUCCGCCUUCUCCGAGUUUCGAGAAGAUGCGGGGGGGAUCCGUGGAGUCUGAGACAGAGCCGGAAAAACAAACAAGACAACGCCGCGAAAACGCUGUUUCUUCAGGAUCAAUCCAUCGUCACCCACUGACUCGCUUGUCGUCUCCUUCGUCUCCUUCUUCUCCUUCUCCUUCUUCUUCUCCUUCUUCUUCUUCUGGCUUCUCUCCGCUUUCUGCAGAGCGCCUGCUGGAUCUGUAUCGUCAGCUGGGAGGGUGUGGUGUGAGAAUUCACUUGUGGGAAGACUUGGAAGAAGAGAGACAGAGGAAACUGCGGAGAAGGAGGCUUGUGGGGAAGAACGUCCCUUCGUCUUUCUUCUCCGCACAGCAAGAAGAUACACAGAGAACGCAGGCCUCACAACGCUCUUGCGAGAGAACGGAAAGCUCUCUGCAACCCCGCAGAGCAAUCGACUUGGAGACAACUCUCUUCGCGUCUGCUUCAGAAGAAAAGAGAGAAGAAAGAGGAGAAGCAGAAGGAGAAAAACAAGAAGACAACGGAGAAGAAGGAGAAGUAGGCAGAGAAGAAGGAAUGGAGACAGUCGGUGCAGAGGGUGUUCCGAGGCGAGUUGUUGGUGUGAAUCGAGAGACAGAGAGAGAGCUGAGGCUGCUGUUGGCGGAGGAACGGAGACGGAUGGAAAAUGAAGAAACGCGGAAAAACAGAUCGAAGAGGAAGAAAAAGAAAGCGACAAGCGGAGCGUCCGGUCUCGUUUCCUCCAGGGAAAAACUCGAGCACGAGAUCGACGCCUUUCCUGCCAUGCCUCGAACGCCGGUUGCUCUGGAGUGGACUUGGGAGGAAGAACCAGAGAACGAAAAACCGAAGAUGAAACCUGGGCGGAUCUUCCGUUUGUCCGGGACGCUGAUCGAUACCCUGACGCGUCAAGUGAAGGAAUUCGAUAACCAAGCCACACUCCGGCUGUACAGACAGCUCGACGCCCGUGGCAUCAUCGAGCGACUUUUCCUCGAGGCUGGCGCAGAGGAAGGAGACACGCUCCUCGCAGGCGACGCGGAGCUGAAGUUACUGCCGGCUUAUAGUCGGAGAAUGGAGAGCUUGAAGCCGCUGCUCUUGAGCGAGGGCCUGCCUUCUGCCGCGGCAGAGACAGACGAAGAGCGAGAAGGGAAGAGAGAAAGCGACAAGUUCGAGGCCUGGAUCAACACAGCAGCUGAGAUGCCAAUGUCGCUCUACGACCGCGGUGCGAGACGCUUGUGGAGAAAAAGGCGCCGCAGCUUCGUCAGACACGCUCGCUCGCUGGGCCAUGGAGAAUUUCUCGCGAGAGGCGUCUCGGCAGCGCCCUGGAGGCUUCACAGCUCGGCUGUGCAUACAUCCGAAGGACAGGCAGCGCGGAGACGGCAAAGCGAGACCGAAGAGGAAACGUGACGGAGGCAGAAGGAACAUAGAACAAAAAAGAACUCUUCACCUCGAGAGAAAUGUGUGGG